GCCUAACCAUAUCCAGAUAUCUGCGACUGGUGAAAAUAUAUCGAGGAAGUAUUAAUCGGUGGAAAGAUCAUUUCUAAAAAUAUGUAUCUGCUUCAAAAAAUUGUCCUGUUUGCAAUUAGUUCCUUUUUUUAGGAUUAAUAAGUCAAGGAAUCGAAACGUACGCAUCAAUAUUAUAGAUGCUGUCGCGUAAGCCACGGCUGUUGGCAGCGAUAAAUUUGUGAAAAACAACCAAAUCGCCACUACUACGCCACUGAUAUCGUACACCAUGUCAGCCAGAUAGAGGACUAUCGAUGGUAGGCUCCAGUGUGGCUUCUUCUGUAGCGAUUAACAAUUCAUUAUUGAUCAACUUCGAUACUUUCCCUAUCGAACCCACUGUUCUUACUGUUCUACCAUCUCUUUAUAACAGAUUAAUUUGAUUACGAUUUCGUUCAACGAGCAAUGCGCUGAUUGUUAAUUAAAAGGGCACAGGAGAUCGUGGUACUUAAAUCUACGGUAAUACCUAAGUAACCAUAGUGCUUCUCACCGAGACAAGGGAAUAGGCGAGCAUGCCGAUCGCCAGAAAGCAAACCGACGAGUACGGUGCGGAAUAACCCAAGCUCAAAUUGACCACAGCCUUGUGCUUGUAUCCCUGAACGAUUUGGCCAUUUUGCAGGAUGCUAAACUCGCUUCGGCCAUGGAAAAUGCUGUGGUAACUCAACAGCAGCACACACGUGGACAACAACAAAGCUUGACAAACUCGCAGCACUUCUUUCUCGUGUACGUUAUUGUUAACGAACGUUUUGUCUUUCAGCUCUGCGUAAGACUUACCAAUUUUCCGAUUAUGGGGAUCGCGACUUUUUCUCUGAGGAAAAUGAUUGCAGCGUAGCAAGAAAUUCUACCGGACUGUCGUUAAUAAAUUUCGACUUACUGUCGCCUGGUUCCCGAACACGUUUGCGAUCUGAUCGAGAUGAUAGUUCAUCGUGUGUAUUUUUACUCCUUUUUUGUAUUUUUAUGAACAUCGAAAAUGGCCGAAAUUGUUGCCUGAAGUGAAACGCGGUCGAGUAUGUGUUUGUCGUUAUUCAGAUUGUUCGCGAGGAUCUGUGAAUUUGGAAAAUUGUACUGUAUAACCUGCCAAGGCAAAUUUCGGUAAUAAAGACCCCGUAAAAAAUGGUCAAAUUUUCGGUGAAUUUGAAACACAGAAAAAUAUAGAAAAUGGCGCGUCGUCGGAAACGUUCCCUGCUUUCCUCUGUGACAUCGAUCAUAGGGAGCAAUAGAAAUUCGCGGAUCGGAUACCUGGCGUGCAACCUGUGCGACCAUUACAUGAUGGGACACUCGAUCUUCGUGAUCCUGCUGGGCCUCAUUGGGACCGUCAUUACGGCAUUCGAUAUUGUUCGAAUAAUGAAUAGCAAGUCCGUGACGAGGUCUGACAAUGAGAAGCAAAUAUCCCAUUGCAGAGCCAAGGAAUCUGUUCCCUUAGAAGUGGAAAGGGACCUAAAGCUGAUGACUUCGAUACUGGGGAUAGAACACUACACGUUGAUCGUGUUAGGCGCGAUAACCGAAUACCCAAUGCUGCAUACACCCUGGUUGCUAAUGCAACUGUGCGUAAUCAUCGUCGAAGUGAUCGUGUUCUGUGUUCGAGUAUUUUUGGACGGGCUCCACGUGAAACGCGACGAACUGUUGCUGUCCUUUCUAACCGUGCACAAUUGGUUGCAAGUGUUUUGUCUGUUCCAUAAACAGGCUCGGCUAUCUCGUUAGCCGUUCACUUUCUCGAGCCAGUCAAGUUAAUGUCGCCUGCCAUUCCUCGCCGUUUAAAUUAUUGUAAAACGUUCACCGUGUAGACACACGUUCGUGUAUUCAAUAAAGGACAGACUGCGGUUGCGACACCGACGUGAAAUUGCAGAUUGCGUGUUUCUUUGUUAACUUAUUACGGCCGAGCGACGUACAACACGUGGAUAAGUUAACCAAACAAGAAACAGAUCCGGAAAAAAUGGCACUUAAAUUGAAAGAGACUCCAAACUGCUCCAAAGAUAAUGAACGAAAAGUAACCGAAGUUAAAAAGUCCAUUUGCAAGGUACAAACGUACUGCCCGGAAUCUCGCAUAAUGCUCCCGAUUUAAUGUUCGCGAUCAAUAUACCUAACGUUAUCGCAGGUAGGAGCGCUAUACCUGGCUAUAAUCCGCUUCACGACACAUUGUCUCAGCUCGAUCGUGUUCGAAGCCGGAGGCCGAACCCCCUUGGGGAACGCAACAACCAAAUCCGCCGCCUUUAAUGCUCUUUUCCGGCGAAGUUUCAAUUUGAAGAUCGUGAUACUAGUGACGAAUAUAGCCGCAGGACUGAUAACCACGCUUAUGAUGUCCCUCGGCGAUAAGUAUGGUAUCCCUUAUCUCUAUGUGCCAUGGCUGCUGAACACCAUGAAGGGAAUGGCAUUGUGCGAGGGACCAGCUAUUUUGAACCUGGUCAUCGCGCUUUUGCCUAACGUUACGUUGCCAGCUGGCGCGUUCUUGGCCAUGACAAUUAUUUUAUUCGUGGAGGAGCUGUGUAUCUGGAACAAUGCGUUCACUAGCUUCCAAUGUUGCUGGAAAGAGUACCAUAACCGGAAGCAACACGCCACGAUGCAAAUUAAGGAGAAAUUGUUCGCAACUCGCAAGAAGGAACUACUUAGCGAGGAUAACGGCGAACAAGGGAUGAAUAUUACCUCGGAAAAGUUGAAAUUCCCACAAAUACUCGAGAAAUCUAAUAGUCGAAUCUCGGUUAAGAGCACUCUGGACGGCAACAGUAGCCUCGUUAAAAACGAAUUGCCGGAUAUCACCGGAUAAUUACACUUUAAGCGCUCGACUUUUUAAAAAUAAUAUCCGGAAAUCGAACGAACAAAUUUCAUAUUUGCUUUAUUACUUCAUUUCAUUUUGCUUCGCAGUGCAACGACUAUUUUGAUAUCUUAUUUCUGUGACUCUUUGUAUGAAAUUUCGAAAAAAUAUAAAGCAUUGAAUAAAAAGAGAUGGAUUGUGGAAA